UCCGGCGACCGGCACGUGCGGCGACCUUUCCCUCGCGCAGUAACACAGUAACCGUUGCGCACACGCGGCGUCACUCUUAGCUUCUCCAUCACCGUGUACGGUACGCACACGUCCCUCGAGCACAUCACGUUGACGAGAAUCCGUUAAUAUCAAGAUCGAUCGUCAUGGCAGAGGAGUAUUUAUACGGAAUCACCCUCGAGGGACCGAAUGCGAGCGAGGUAUGGGACCCGGAGCACAAGAACGACGACUCGGACAGCGCGGCUCAGCACAUCGGCGCUGAUCAAAAGCUCAUUAUAAAGAUGGCUCUGUUGGGACCAGAGGCCAAGCCUGGUGAGCUCAAUGUGCUGCAGGUAGAGGCAAUGGGUUUGAAGGGACCCAUCAAAACGCCAAUUGCCUUGCUGGAAAUGGGAAAAACAGCGCAGAUUAUUCUUGAUCUCAGUUUCCCAGAUCCUCCUGUUACGUUUACGUUGGUUAAGGGCAGUGGGCCUGUUCACAUAGUAGGACACAAUCUCCUUGCUUUCAUUUCAGGUGCGCAUAUUGAAGAGUUUGACGAUAUAGAUGAUGAGAUGGAGGAAGAAAACAUUGAUGAUGAGGAUGAUGAAAAGGAUCCUGAAGAUGAAGAUGAUGAAGAUGAUGAACCUAAGAAGAAGAAUGCCAAAUUAACAACUGCGGCCAAAUAUAAAAAUCAGGCUAACAAAAAUAAGAAAAAAUAAGCACGAGCCUUAAUGUUAUGAAAAUAAAACUCUUAAGUUAGGAUAUUAAACAUAAGUCCAUCAUUAAUAUCAUCCGCGUUUGUGCGAAUCUAGUAUCAUUUCAUCAGAUUAUUAUACAACAAGCGUUGCCUUCCAUCUUUCUAAAACACAACUGGACCAACAAAAUAUAAAAAUGAAGUAACUAUGGCGCAUAUAAUUUCAAAAUGAUUGAAUCAUAUUUUCCUAAUUUAUGAAAAGUUAUGAUUGCUUGCAUUUAUUAUCAAAAGAGGAGUAUUGGCUCAAAAUAUUUACGUCAUUUUUUCAUACUUCUGUAAGAAAAGCAAAGGUUAUUAUAAUAUAUAACUUCAGUUGUAUAACAUAUUUUUUAGAUGCUUCUUACCAGAUACUUUUGCAGGAUGAUAUAUAUCUAGAAUUUAAUUUUUAAAAAGAAAAACGUUUUUAUGGCAAGAUUUUUAUAAGGAUAAUUUGUCUGUCUUCAAGAAGUACCUUCUAAUUGGAAUAAUUGCAACAUUUAAAAUUGUUUAUUGAAAUUAUUUUUUUAUAAAGUUUUAUACAAAUGAUAAUAUAGAGGGGACUUCUAAAGACAAGGGUACUACAGGUUUUUUUUCUAAAUUAUUGCUUGACAUAUUAAUCUGAUUUAUAUAUAUUAAUCACUAGACAUCAUUUUAACAAUUUUAUAUAAUUUUAAUAUAAAGCAAUGUUUAAAUAAUCUUUGGCCCAGUUGUUGUUACACUGUAAAAUUUAUGGAAAGCACAAGAGAGGGAAUUCACAUACAGCAAAGUAUUUUGUAUUUUCUGUUUUCUUUGAGCCAUGUUCAUAUCGUGCGAUACACUUUCAGAGAUAUAAAAAAUAAAUUUUAACAUAUUCAUUUAAACAUGAUUUUUGUCAAUAGUUCCAUGUAAAAAAACUAUGAAAAAGAUAAGGCUCCAAUAUAAUUUAUUAUUUUCACGUGUGCAAGGUGGAGAAAGGAUUAUUAAUCAUUCAUAAUUCCACAACUUUACUUGUGUCUCUACAGAUAUCAGCAUAUAAAAAGGAAACAUAUACAUAUGUCAUCUCCACAUUCAUUCCAUUUGAUAAAAGAUAAUAGAAAUGGGGGUUACAGGUGUACUAGGUAAAAAGAAAUGCUCUUACAUCAAUGUCAUAUGCAAUUAAAGCAUAUGUGACGCGUGUAUAAAACACGUAUGUGCGAUUGAUAAGUAGUAUGUGUGUGUGUACACCUAUUUUGUACAUAUACGAUACAAUAAAAAAUUUCACAACUU